AUGGCAUCCAAGAAAAAGAAGCCUAGCAAGCUCAAGUCGCUGUCAUCAGGACGCCCUCCAACAGCAAAACCUACACGAUCAAUUUCCAGCAAAGCGACUAGAACACUGAUCAGAGCUCACCAUACGCUAGAAAAGCAAAAGGCAAAAGCGAUAGCUGAUGGAGAUGAAGCAGAAGCUGCUUUAAUUGCAAAGCAGAUUGAAUCCAAGGGAGGCUUGAAGACGUAUCAAAAAGCCAGCCUUCAAGGCCAGAGCAAUGAAAGAGGGGGAGACAGUUCAAGAAUUCUCAUGGAUUGGCUGGCACCCAUUGUGCCUCCAUUAAAAGAGAAACUUCAAAGUGGUAUUCCAGCUCGAAUGCUAGAGGUUGGAGCGUUGAGCACUACGAACGCCUGCUCGAAAAGCCAUCUUUUUGAUAUUGAGAGGAUUGACUUGAACAGCCAGUCAGAAGGCAUCAGGCAGCAAGAUUUCAUGGAACGACCCCUCCCAUCUGGCCCAGAGGAAUGUUUCGAUAUUAUCAGUCUCUCACUCGUUCUCAACUAUGUCCCGGAUCCUGCUAGUAAAGGAGCAAUGCUGCUUCGGGUUCUUCAGUUUCUUAAAACAAAACCAGACUCGGAAAAUGACCCUGUCCAGGAAUUCCUUCCGAGUCUGUUCUUGGUCCUUCCAGCACCAUGUGUAAUGAAUUCACGAUACAUGGACGAAAGGAAGCUGGAAGCUAUCAUGAAGGCUUUGGGAUUUGUGCAGGUCAAGAAGAAGCUUUCGAAUAAGCUGAUUUACUAUCUCUGGAGAUUGGAACCAUCGGUUGGUGUCAAUAUGGAGAAGAAAAUGUUUGGUUUCAAGAAGGAAGAGCUUAGAUCGGGAAAAGACCGGAACAAUUUCGCCAUUGUUUUGAAGUGA